AUGGAUAAACCGCCAAUUAAAGAGAAGACUAGGGAAGAGGUAGAGGCCGAACGUAAAGCUAAGCGAGCGGCGAAACAAGAACGGAAAAAAGCAGCGCUAGAAAAACAAAAACUCGAUGGACUAGAAAGUCAAAAAAAAUGUAAAGAAUCCUCCACAGAGUCUACUACCGCUGUUGAUUCCACGAAAGUGCCAAAGCCAAAACCAGAUAUUUCCAAGACAGCACAAAAAAAACAGUCAACUCAAAAAAUUGAAACAACUAAAAAAGUGAUAAAUACUAAAAGUAACAAAAAUAAAGAAAAUAUUGUUAAAAACGUAGAAGAAGUUAAACCUUUAGUAAAAACAGUAAAAUUAGCGAAUUUAGUUAAGAAAUCUACAGGGCCAGUUACACAUAAAGUUAAACUUUUCAAUCAUCUUUAUAUUGACUCGAUAUCUUUGUUGGCAGAAAAUAAAUUAAAAAUAAAUUCUGGUAAAGUACAUCCAUCUUUUAUAAAACUUGGAGUACAAAUGCAAACUUCUGUUGUAGCAGGAUCAAAUGCCAGGUGUCUUGCCUUUUUAUAUGCACUCAAACAAACUAUUUCAGAUUUUGUGACACCAGAACACAAAACUUUUGCACGAUCUUUCGAGGAACAUCUUGGACCGGCUAUCGAUCACUUAAUGGCAUGUCGACCAUUUUCUGUAUCCAUGAAUAAUGCUCAUAAAUCUAUCAUGUGGCAUGUAAAGAGAUUGCCACACAAUAUUUCUGAUGGUCAUGCUAAAGAUACAUUAGAAACUGUUAUAAAUAAUUACAUUUAUGUCCAAAUACAUAUGGCUAGUAAGGCAAUUUGUAUUGCAGCUCAAAAUAAAAUUGCAAAAGGAGAUGUUAUUCUUACUUAUGGAUAUUCUUCCUUAAUUGAACGGAUACUAACGAGUGCCCACUCUAACAACAAACAAUUCAGAGUAAUUGUGGUUGACUCUGCUCCAUGGUAUGAAGGCCGCCAACUUCUCCAUCGUCUCGUGCGCAACAACAUCCAGUGUACAUAUGUACUCCUAUCAGCAACCAGUUUUAUCAUGACUAGAGCAACUAAAGUGCUGCUUGGUGCACAUGCAUUGUUAGCAAAUGGUUAUGUUAUGGGUCGAGCGGGCAGUUCUCAAAUAGCUUUGGUAGCUAAACAUUUUAAUGUACCUGUAUUGGUGUGCUGUGAAACUUAUAAAUUUACAGAACGUGUGCAAACCGACUCAAUAGUUUUUAAUGAACUAGCAAACGAAAAUGAUGUCAUGCCCAAAGAACAAUGGUUGAACAAUCGUUACUUAACUCCAUUAGGUCUUAGGUACGAUGUAACUACUUCAGAUCUUAUAACAGCCGUAGUCACAGAAAUUGCUAUAUUACCAUGUACCAGUGUUCCAGUAGUUUUGAGGGUGCGACCAAACUAAUGCAGAAUGUGUAAUAAUUAUAAUAAGUCUGACGUCCAUAAUGAACAGCAGCAAAAAUAAACAAGAAUAUGUUAUUUUUUUCAA